AUGAACCAAGUUCUCAAUAUAACGUCGAAUCUCAUCAGCGACCCGACACUACUAAAUUUCAGUUCUCAAUCACCAUCUUCCUUGUUAACAACAACAACAGACAAUCUUGAUUUUGUUGCCAAUUGUAGUCGUUUCGCCUCGGAAGUCGAUAUUCCUGGUAUCAAGCUACACUUCACGCAAUAUGUUCAUGGGGGAACAAAUUUAUCAUUUCCUGAAAAUCACCCCACGUGUGGUAUUCCGUAUCAUGUUGUUUCUUCUGACCUUUGUCGCGUCGUAAUGGCGGUUCCAACUUCGAAAUCGAGUGAAAUCUCACUGGAGGCAUGGUUUCCCUUGGACUACUCUGGCCGUUUCCUGAGUACUGCAAAUAGAGGUGUAUUGAUGUCAACUUCAGGUAUCCUUUACAAUGAGCUUGAGUUUGCAACUUCAUUAGGUUUUGCGUCCAUUGGUGCCAAUAAUGGUCACAAUGGGACAAGUGGAUAUGCAUUCCUAAACAACACAGAUGCGCUCGCAGACUAUACAUAUCGCUCCUUGCAUACAGGUGUGGUAGCUGGGAAAGAGUUGACCAAGAAGUUCUACGGGUUUCCGUUCCACAAAUCUUAUUUUCUUGGAUGCUCUUCCGGUGGUCGACAAGGUUUGAAAGAGGCACAGGAUUUUCCGGAGGACUUCGAUGGUAUCGUUGCAGGCGCCCCUGCACUUGCACUCCCCAAUAUCAUGUCGUGGGGUGGCGCGUUAUAUAAGGCUACUGGGGAUCCUGAGUCAGAAUCAUUCCUUUCGCCAGAAUUGUGGGCUGUUGUUUACGACGAGGUUCUUCGACAAUGUGACGCACUGGAUGGAGCCUCAGACGGCCUCUUGGAGGAUCCUAGCACGUGUCAAUUCACUCCAGAGACUUUAAUUUGUUCCAAGGGACAAACUUCACGGUGUUUGACUGGUUUACAAGCGCAGACCGUGAGGUCAAUAUACAGUCCGCUCUAUGGUUCGGAUGGUCAGCUGUUGUACCCGCGUAUGCAGCCAGGAAUCAACACCAAAAAACAAGUCCCCUUCUACUUUCAGGGAAUUCCUUGGGACUUGACUGAGGAUUGGUUCCGGUAUGUAGUCUACAAUGACACAACGUGGGACGGAAGAAACUUUUCGUUAGCCAACGCGAUGAACGCUGCAUCCCAGAAUCCUUUCAACAUCCAGACAUGGGAGGGAGAUCUCAGCGCGUUCGCCGAAAACGGUGGGAAGAUACUCACCUAUCAUGGACUGCAAGAUUUUGUUUGCAGUUCUGAGAUAUCUCAACUGUAUUAUGCCCAUGUUUCACGAACCAUGAACUUGCCACCUCGUGAGUUAGAUAGCUUCUAUCGUUUGUUCUACGUCAGCGGUAUGGAUCACUGUCGAGAUGGAGACGGGGCAUCAGCUAUCGGACAAGAUGUUGGAUCAUCCGCUGGGAGAGACCCUAACGAAAAUGCUCUCAUGGCAAUGGUUCGCUGGGUUGAAGAAGGGAUUCCGCCGGAUACACUGCGAGGUGCGAAACUUUCUGCUGAUGGUUCGCAAGUAGAAUAUUGGAGAGCACAUUGCAAAUGGCCCAAGAAAAACCGAUAUAUUGGCAAUGGCAUGGUUACAGAUGAAAAGGCUUGGAAGUGUAUGUAG